GUGGCGUGGGAUCUGCAUGCAGAUCUCUCUCCUCAUCGCGGCCGUCGCGGCCGUCGCCGCGGAGCCGCCGUGGUACCAGAAGACGUGGUACCCGUACCUCUUCGACUGCUCCGACAGCGCCGACUGGAGGGACCAGUACGACUCUGCGUGCUCAGCCCAUAGCGCAAAUGAGUGCGAUGUCGAGACAAGAUCGGCAUGCCCGCAGACGUGCGGCUUGUGCACGCCUUCGUCGCCCAAGAUGGUGAUCGCGACGCCGCCAAUCAUGGCGGCCGCCGUCGCCUUCCUCUUCAUCGCCUACCUCUACGUCCGCAUCGACGCCUUCCCCACCGGUGCCGAGGUCGGGCUUGCGCGGGUCGACGAGCUGUCGCUCAAGAUCAAGUCGGGAGCGCGGCAGUUCCUCGAGACGGAGUACGCGUACCUCACCAUCUUCGUCGUGGGCCUCGCACUCACCCUCUUCUUCCUCUUUUACCUGACGGAAGACGAAAACGCCUACACGAUCGCCCUCUCCGUCUCCCUCUCGUUCGUCACGGGCGCGACCCUCUCCGCCUCCGCCGGCUGGUGGGGCAUGAUGGUCGCGACCGACGGCAACGCAAAGACCACCGCCGCGUGCGCCGGCGACCGCGCCAACGGCGUGCCCGGCUCUCUCAACGCCGGCCUCAACGUCGCCUUCUCGACGGGCGCCGUGAUGGGCUUCGCCGUCGUCGGCCUCGGCCUCGCGGGCGUCUCGACCGCCUACGUCGUCCUCUGCUCCAUUUACGGCGACGACGACCAGGCGCUGGUGAUGCAGUGCCUCGCCGGCUUUGGCUUCGGCGCUUCGUCGAUUGCGCUCUUUGCGCGCGUGGCGGGAGGGAUCUACACCAAGGCGGCGGACGUCGGCGCGGACCUGGUCGGCAAGGUCGAGGCGGGGAUCGACGAGGACGACCCGCACAACCCGGCCGUCAUCGCGGACAACGUCGGCGACAACGUCGGCGACGUGGCGGGCAUGGGCGCGGACCUGUUUGAGUCGUACGUCGGCUCGAUCAUCGCCGCUGCGUCGCUCGCCGUCACCCAGGCGCAAAAGGAGGGCGACACGCUGCAGGGCAAGAGCACCCAGGCCAUCGCGCUCGCCUUCCUCCUGCCCGCCGUCGGCAUCGUCGCCUCCACCAUCGGCUUCUUCGCAGUCAACACCAGCGCGCAGGGCAAGGGGUGGGACGUCCACCUCGGCACCCUCAUGUGGGCCCUCGAGAAGGGCAUGUACCUCGCCGCCGCCCUCUUCACCGCCGGCGCCUACGUCUGCGUCGUCCAGAUCUGCGGCCUCGGCACCAACAUUUUUGCGUGCGUCAUCAUCGGCCUCGCGGCGGGCAUGGCGAUCGGCAAGGUGACCGAGUACUUCACCUCCUUCGACUUCGGCCCAGUCAUGUCGAUCAAGGAUCGCGGCAUGACGGGCCCCGCGACCGUCGUCAUCCAGGGCCUCGGCGUCGGCAUGAUCUCGUGCGUGCCGCCGACGCUGGUGCUCUCGGUGGCGAUCGUCUCGACCUCGGCGCUCGGCGGCGCGUACGGCGUUGCCAUCUCGGCGGUGGGCAUGCUCUCCACCCUCGGCAUCACCCUCGCCACCGACGCGUACGGCCCCGUCGCCGACAACGCGGGUGGCCUCGCCGAGCUGUCCCACUUGGGCAAGGAGGUGCGCGACAUCACCGACUCGCUCGACGCGCUGGGCAACACGACCGCCGCCACGGGCAAGGGCUUCGCCAUCGGCUCCGCCGUCCUGACGGCGCUCUCCCUCCUCUCCGCCUUCAAGAACAAGAUCAACGACCCGACGGGCUACGACGUCGGCGACCCUGUCGUCCUCUCUGGCGUCCUCACGGGCGCGAUGCUGCCGUACCUGUUCGCGGCGCUGACGAUGAUCAGCGUGGGCAAGGCGGCGGCCGAGAUCAUCUCCGAGGUCCGCUGGCAGUUCAAGCACAUCCGCAACGCCAAGGGCAUCUCGCUCGGAGAGUGCAUCCGCGUCUACACCGAAAAGGCGGAGGAGUUUGGCGAGGGCGUCUACCGCGCCGCGCCCGAGGACGAGGUCGAGCCCGACAGCGACAAGUGCGUCGCCAUCUCGACGCGCUCGUCGGUCCGCGAGAUGAUCGCGCCGGGGGCGUACGCCGUCCUCGCGCCGCUGAUGGGCGGCUUCCUGGUGGGGCCUCGCUUCCUGAUGGGCCUGCUCGCGGGCGCCAUCACCUCGGGCUGCAUGCUCGCCAUCAUGAUGGCCAACGCGGGCGGCGCGUGGGACAACUCGAAGAAGCUGUGCGAGAAGCUCGGCCUCAAGAAGAGCAAGGACCCGGCCAAGAAGGAGCAGCAGAAGGCGUGCGUCGUCGGCGACACCGUCGGCGACCCGUUCAAGGACACCUCGGGCCCCGCCCUCAACAUCCUGAUCAAGCUCAUGUCGAUGGUCUCGCUCACGGUGGCGCCGCUGCUCAAGGACCACAAAGACUACGACCACUGGGAGUACGGCCUCAUCCCGACGGCCAUCUUCGUCGUCCUCACCCUCAUCCUGGGCCCGAUGAUGAACAUCCUCACGUGGGACGACCCGCUCGCAAACAUGGUGUCGGGCGACGCGCCCGAGGACAUGGGCAAGGGCUCCUCCUCGCGCAGCUACGAGCCGCUCGGCCUCCCCACCACCGGCAACCGCCGGAACACGGUCUGCAAGGUCAUCGGCCGGCUGCUCGGCGGCGGCGGCGGCGUCCACCAGAACCUCGUCACGCCCUGAGAGGUGGCCGGCCGCAUGGGGCGAGCUUGCCCGCAGGGCGGGGCAGGCUCGACGGGAGGGGGGGACGGGUCUGCUGUUUUCCAUGAGCUACGCGGCAGUCACGCCGUGAGGUGCGUGCGCAUGGUGCGGAUGCGCGCGCCCCGACCGACAUGAGCUAGUGUGACAUGAGCUCAUCUGGCUUUGUGCUCAUCUAUUACCUACGUGGGGUGGGGAGGCUAUUGGAGUAAGGUUGGCGCAGGGGGAGGUGUCAAUCACGCUCCCGGGACGCCGGAGAGAUCGGGUUGGUCUCCCCCGCCUAGCGCCUUCAGCCC